CCCGGCAGCCCGCUGGAAGUGACAUCAGGCCGCAUCCGGGGGAGGGCCGCGACGGGACGGGCGGCGUGCGGGGAGCGCUCGGCUGUGGCCAUCGCGGCGCGGCCAUGGCGGACUCCACGCAGAACGGGCCCAUGCAAGGCGGAGCCGGCGGCGGGGCCGUGCAAUUUCUGAUGGCUAACAAGCUGGAUACAGCAAUGUGGAUUUCCCGCUUGUUCACGGUUUACUGCUCUGCUUUAUUUGUCCUGCCUCUUCUAGGGUUGCAUGAAGCAGCAAGCUUCUAUCAGCGUGCCUUGCUGGCAAAUGCUUUUACUAGUGCUCUCCGACUACACCAAAGGCUCCCGCACUUUCAGCUUAGCAGGGCAUUUCUGGCCCAGGCUUUGCUGGAGGACAGCUGCCACUACCUGUUGUACUCUCUGAUCUUUGUGAAUUCCUACCCUGUUACAAUGAGUAUUUUCCCAGUUCUGCUAUUCUCUUUGCUUCACGCUGCCACAUACACAAAGAAGGUUCUUGAUGCACGAGGUUCAAAUAGUCUGCCCUUUCUGAGAAAUCUUUUAGAGAAACUGAAUGCUAAUCAGCAGAAUAUUCUAAAAUUCAUUGCUUGCAAUGAAAUUUUUCUGAUGCCAGCUACAGUUUUUAUGCUCUUCAGUGGUCAGGGGAGUCUGCUCCAGCCAUUCAUUUACUAUAGGUUUCUAACAUUACGCUACUCCUCUCGGCGAAAUCCAUACUGUCGGACUCUGUUCACCGAGCUGAGAAUUGUUGUUGAACACCUAAUAAUGAAGCCCUCAUGCCCUGUUUUUGUAAGAAGACUGUGUCUCAGCAGCAUUUCCUUUAUAAGCAGAUUGGCACCAACUGCUGCAUAGCUGAAUUUCAGACACUCAUCUAUUGUGAACAUUAUGAGCAGCUGGCACUUCUGCUGAUGAUUAUAAAUUCCUGGUUUUACACUGAUUUUACUCCAGGCUGUAUAAAAACGUGUAUAUGCUUUUCUUGGAGAUAAUAUAAAAUUUAGCAUAUCAAAAGCAAGUCAUGGAAACUUAAAAUUACUGUGCUAUAUUGCUAAUUGGUGUGUGUGGGGGAAGUAGCUGCAUUAUAUCUAAAACAUGCCCAGUCUUACAGAGUUGUUUUCUAGAAAUCAUGAGUUGUUGGACAUUGAUUAAAAAUUUUUAAGUCUGCUUCGUAGGUUUAUGUUGACUGGAAGCAUUGCUACAGUAGGAUGUCUCCAGUAGGUAGCACUGGUGCACGUACCUAUGCAGUACACUUUGGACAGUAUUCUUCUGCUUACUAAAAAUAUCUGUAGAAUUACUUUGUCUAAAUUACUAUAUUCGGUGUAAAAAUAUGGCCCACUUUGAAUUUAACAAAAUGAGUUAAAGACCAUCACGCUGGCAUAGUUAACGCUCUUUCUGAAGGAGAGCCUAUUUCUGUUAAUGUUACUUAAAGAUAACCCUUCCAAGCUUUUACUUUGUGGUACUUUUGCAUUAGGUUGUUGGGAGAAAUCUCAAGAUUCUGACCAUGGAAAACUCAGCUCUCUUGUCAUAACAAGAUGUUUUACCAAGCCAAAUUGCUGACCUGGAGGCUUUUCAGACAAAGAUGUAAUGCUUAAACUUUUAACCAUCUCUUAAGUGAACUAAUCAAUGUAAAUGUAGUAACUUUUGGAGAAUCAUUGCGGAUGUGUUCUUGUGUCUACACAAAUGUGAGACUGUGGUAAUUCAAGCAUGUCUACUCUUUAGAAAAUUAAUCUGUAGCUAGCUCUAUAUAAAUUGUUCUUCCAGUUUCUGAGACUUACCAUGAUGGGAAAUUUGCAUAAAGGAUUGCACCUAUUCAGGCAGCUAUUGAAACAAAUGGCUGUGGGAUUUUUUGGCCUAAAUCCAUUUUAUGAUGCUGCCUUCAGAUCAGUCAUAAGUACAGAAGUGAAUAUUAAAUUGAGUGCUGAUUAUGCAUUCACCCAACAGCUGGAAGGUAGGUCAUGGAAAAAGAAUAUUAUCUGUCCAAAUACAAUGCCUUUCCAUAAAUCCAAGGCAAAGUAUUUGCCUAAUCUUCUGUAGCUUAUGUUAAUAUUCUAAUUACAUACAGUUAAAUGGGAUUCAUUGGCCUUUUGUAAAAAUAGUAAAGUACUGUGCUUCACUAUUCUCCCUUGGUCGGAGGAGUCUUACAUGAAACACUUCUGCAAACAGUCUUGACGCAAAGUAUUUUUCUGUAACUAUUGAGUUAUCUUUUGUGAUGUGGAUAUCGUUCAGCCUUUUCAGUUGUAUUAGUGUGCUAGUUCAGAGAUGUGUAUUUAUACCCUUAUUUCAUUUUUUGCUCAACCUCUUGGUACUGAUAAAGACCUGUUUUUUGGUAAUUGAAUAUGAUACUCUUUGAAUUUUCAUCUUGCUCUCUGAACAUGAUUAGCUAUUUACAGAACACUUGCAUACUGCAGAAGCAAUUGCAUGCAGUACUGCUCUACAGCUGCUAAGACUUGCAACAAGUUUCACUAUAUGUAUAUCCUGUAACUUGAGGAUUUUAUAAAAACUAAAUUUUCUACUACAAAUAAAGGAGUGUUAAAUGUAA